AUGGCUACGGAGAGAUACAUUCCCCCCAUGCUUCGCAGCAAGGCGGAACUCAAUCAACAAGAUAGACCAGAACAACCAGCUCAUCCAAAAGGAGGAGCCUCCUCCCCAUCAGCCCACCCAUGCGCAACCCUCAGCGCCUCCGCAGAAGAGCCAGAAACACUGGCAUACAUAAUUCUCUUCGACCGAGAACACCCAUACUGGGAAACCAAGCGCGAAGUCUUCUGCAAUGAAAACCUCCAUCUUCUCCCUUCGUCGUUCACGGAACCAGCUGUAAACACAAACCCUUGUCCUGGCACCAGCGCCCCAAAUGACAAUAAACAACAGUACCACUUCCAACACAUCCAGAUUCUGGCCAACGCCAAAACACCCGCUCCGUCAACGCCUUUGCGGGCUACUACGUUAUCUGCGCUAUUCGCUAUCUUAGAGCCACAUAGCCGUCAACUCGCUUGGUACUUAGAGAUGAAGUUUGGAACCGACUCUAGGAAUCCGGAGAAGUGGAUUGAAAAGUUCUCGCAGUUCUGGACGGUCGUUACGAUGGUUCUGGAUACACAUCAUGAAGGGGAAGGGGGCAGAGCACCACCACCACCUAUUGUUGAUCUUGAGGCCGAGGCUGCGGCCGAGAAACGGACUGUCAAUGAGAUUUUGGGGGAGAUGUGGGGCGGGGAACGAGGGGAGUUGAGAGACUUUGUGGGUUGGUGUUUUGGAGGGGAUUGA